CCGCGCCCGCACGCACUGCGCCCCAUGCCCCGCACCGGAGUCGCGAGCGCCCCCGAGCGCCCCCCACCGACGCGCGCCCGCCACGGUCGGAACCGGGGUCUCUGCCCCUCCCCGGGGCGGUGGUCCGCUGACGUCACAGCUGCUUUAAGACCCCCGCCUCCGCCCCCAGCCCCACACUCGGCCGGCUCCUUCGAAUCCCUCAGGAAUUUGCAACAGGCUUGUGCCCGCUCCCCGUCGCCAUGGCCUCGGCUGGUCUGCAAAUCCUUGGCGUUGUCCUGGCACUGCUGGGCUGGGUCAUUGCCCUGGUGUCGUGCGCCCUGCCCCUGUGGAAGGUGACUGCCUUCAUCGGCAGCAGCAUCGUGGUGGCGCAGGUGGUGUGGGAGGGGCUGUGGAUGUCGUGCGUGGUGCAGAGCACCGGGCAGAUGCAGUGCAAGGUGUACGACUCGCUGCUGGCGCUGCCGCAGGACCUGCAGGCGGCCCGCGCGCUCUGUGUCGUGGCACUGCUGCUGGCCCUGCUGGCCCUGCUGGUCUACGUGGCGGGCGCCAAGUGCACCACGUGUGUGGAGGACAAGGACUCCAAGGCCCGCCUGGUGCUCUCCUCUGGAGCCGUCUUCAUCUUCUCCGGCAUCCUGGUGCUCAUCCCUGUCUGCUGGACCGCCCACGUCAUCAUCCGGGACUUCUACAACCCGCUGGUGGUGGAGGCACAGAAGCGGGAGCUGGGGGCCUCCCUCUACCUGGGCUGGGCGGCCUCGGGGCUGCUGCUGCUCGGUGGGGGGCUGCUCUGCUGCACCUGCCCCUCCGGGGUGUCCCGGGGCUCCAGCCACUACAUGGCCCGCUACUCAGCCUCGGCCCCACGUGGCCCCGCUCAGGGGCCCUCUGAGUACCCCACCAAGAAUUACGUGUGA